AUGGCUUCGACUACUCAUGCAUCCCUCAAGCGCACACGCUCUACAGCGAGCUUGAACGAUGCCGCCCUAGAUGUUCUUUGUAGCAUCGCGGCCAAGUCCCGGAAGAUUCAAUCGCUCGGCUCCAACAUCCGAAGGCUGGCGGCGAAACUUACACACCGGGCCCGAUGCGCAACCUCCCGCGACCUUGACGAUCUAAAGGACUCUUGGGAGGCUCUAUCGCUUUUGAUCGAAAGCAAAUACGAGGUCAAAGGGCUCAAGGGCCGCCUCAAUACCCAACGUGCCCACAUCAAUAAGGUACAUUUCGAUCUGCACAUCGGAGACUGGGCUAUGGACAUCCACAACCGUGUAAAGGCCGGCGAGCGUAAAUUCGCCCGCGAAUACGCCAAGGAUUUAGAAGCUCGGUUGACAGCGAGCGGAAUGCCCGGUACCGCCGCUGUUAACGUAGCAAAUGACUCCAAGAAGUUCAAAGCGGCCCAGGGACUGCAAAUUUCGGAGACUUUAGGUCAUAUCCAGCCAGAGAUCCUCGCUGUUAAGAAGUGGCACUCUAAGGGUGAAACAGCAGAACCCCCUGCAACACCAUAUCUGGAUCGGGUGGCGGUGCUUUGCAGUCGUGUCGGAAUCAAAAGGAAAACAUAUAUCGACAUCCUGCAUCUUGGCGAUUCACGCAAUGAAACAGCACAUCACCUUGCACCGCGUAUCGAGGACUACAUGGACCAAAAUGGAAACGUCGACUGGUCUAGUGUCAAAAGGUCUUGUCGAAAUCGAAAGGCCAGCUUCCGAAGGCAGUUCAAGAAGGGCAAAAUUACCCAAGCCUAA